AUGAGUCAAAGCGAAGAGACAAAGCGGAUCAUCCAAAAAAUCCAGGCCAACGGCAAAAAGAUACAACCCAACGCAACUGUGAGGGCGUGGAAAGUACCUGCAACCAGCGAAGUUCCCAUGGCAACUCCGGCCCCAGGACACAUGUGGGUUGAAACCGGCCAUGGUAAAGCUGGGCUGGGACACAUGCAAUCCGAAAUCAAAAUCAGGCAGUUUGCAACGGACGGCAUCCCGGAGAACCAGCAGCGAGAAAAGCUUCCGGUCCUCGCCCAAGCCCACACCACAGUUGGACGGUACCUCGGAGUGCAGGGACGGAACAGGCCUGUCAUGGCCACCCAUAUCGAUGGGCGGGUGCAGAAGCACGGGAUUACCGUUGCUGAUAACGGUUAUAUCGUUAGUAUGAAUACGGUGACCAGUGGGAAGUUGACGCUCAAACCCGGUGCCCCGCCGCCAGUGAGCGACAAGACGAUAGAAGCACUAUACCGAUAUCCAGCAAACUGCCCGGAACGGCGGGCCACGGGAGGAAUGGAUCAGCAGAAGGAUGAUGGCAUACGGCCGCCUAAGCGGGGGGACACGGCGUGA